AUGAAACUUCAAUGGGCCGGGCUCCUCCUGGGGGCCUCCGUUGGCGGAGUCAAUGGCAUGGCUGAAUACAUGGCCGAAGCUAUGAGGGGAGAGCGUGUCAGCGGCUUUGGCAAAGUCGAUAACCCUUCUUUCACACCCGAGUUCACAGACGAGUCUCCUCCAUACAACGGCAUUCGAAUCCCGCGUACGGAUUGGACUUUGACUUGUAGUAGCUCUGCUGCUGGCUACCCAUGCAAGCGUGCCAUCGAUGGCAAAAGCAACACUGCUUGGCGCAGUGACCCUUCCACUAAGGGACACACCUUCCUCGUCGACCUUGGUGCCUUGUACCAAAUUAGCGCCGUCGUCCUUCUCCCUCCCGUCGACAGCGGGGUUGAAGGCCUCAUCACUCAACACAAGGUUUGGGUCAGCGAUGACAAGGAGAAAUGGAGCGACCCCGUCGCAUACGGAAUGUGGCCCAACACCAACCGACAGCGCAUGUCUGCAUUCGACCCUCUGUCUGCUCGAUACCUGCGCAUCACGACCGAGGCCGAUGACCAGAACCCUUGGGUCGGUAUCUCCGAGCUGAACAUCUACGGUACCCUCUAUUCGAUUCCUCGUGAUCCUGCGCUCGGUGUCUGGGGCCCGACCCUCGACUUCCCUCUCGUGCCUGUCUCGGGUGCUCAGGAGGGAUCCGGCGUGCUCGCUCUUUGGUCCUCCUGGGCGGAUGAUCAAUUCCACUCCACACCCGGUGGCCAGACUGUGAUGACUCGCUGGAACCCGUUGACCAAUGAGGUCAGUAAGCGGAAUAUUACCAACACUCACCAUGACAUGUUCUGCCCUGGCAUCGCUUACGAUGGCACGGGUAAGAUUGUUGUCACCGGUGGUAAUGAUGCCUCGGAGACUAGUCUUUACGACGCUGUGAAUGAUGAGUGGACCAGCGCCAGCCCCAUGAAGCUUCGUCGCGGAUACCAGUCAUCUACCGCUCUCUCCGAUGGACGGGUGUUCGUUAUCGGAGGAUCUUGGGCUGGUGGUUCCAAUGUUGCCAAGGAUGGUGAGGUCUACGACCCUGCGACCCAGAACUGGACUAUGCUCCCGGGUGCAACAGUUGAGCAGAUGUUGACGCAGGACAUGGAGGGUCUCUGGCGCGCGGACAACCACGGCUGGCUGUUUGGAUGGAAGGAUCUAAGCGUCUUCCAGGCCGGACCCAGCAAGCAAAUGAACUGGUACUCUGCUCACGGAAAUGGCACUGUGACGCCCGCGGGACUCCGUAUGGAAGAUGAAGAUUCAAUGUCUGGCAAUGCUGUCAUGUUCGACGCUGUCAAGGGCAAGAUUCUCACCAUCGGAGGCUCUCCUGACUACGACAAGUCGUGGGCUACCCCUGCCGCACACAUCAUCACCCUUGGUGAGCCAGGCCAAAAGCCCAAGGUUCAGCUCGCCGGAAAGGGAGAGAUGCACUUCGACCGUGUUUUCCACACCUCUGUCGUUCUUCCUGAUGGAAAGGUCUUCAUUGCCGGUGGCCAGUCGUACGGUGUUGCUUUCAACGAAGAGAACGUCCGAUUCAUUCCCGAGAUCUACGACCCCAAGACUGACACCUUCACGAAGAUGCAGCAGAACAACAUGGUCAGAGUGUACCACACCGUCUCCAUCCUCCUGCCCGACGCCCGCGUUCUGAACGCCGGUGGUGGUCUCUGUGGUAACUGCACCGCCAACCACUACGAUGGUCAGCUCUUCACCCCUCCCUAUCUCCUCACCAAGGACGGAAAGCCCCGAUCCCGCCCCGCCAUUACCGGAGGUCUGAACAGCCACGCCACUGUCGGUGACACCCUCAGAUUCCGCACAUCGGGAUACAUCUAUUCAGCCUCCCUGGUCCGUCUCGGUACUGCUACCCACACCGUCAACACCGACCAGCGCCGCAUUCCCCUUGACGUCGUCCCCACCUCCAUCUUCGGCAACCGAUUCAAGACCCGAUUGCCCGCUGACUCUGGUAUCUUGACUCCUGGAUACUGGAUGCUCUUCGUCAUGGACCGCGAUGGUGUUCCCAGUAUCGCGAAGAUCAUAAUGAUCACCGUCAACGGCCAGAAGACUAUUCAGUCUUCCGAGGUGGAGGAAGAGGAAGUUGAACAGAACUGUGAGCAUGGAUCCAAAUCUUCGGCAAUGUUGGAGACCGACGCUAAUGAUGCAGACAUUGGGUCGUCGUUGAGAAUGGAACUGGUGAAGAAGCACUGGUCUUCUUAA